CUAAUCCCGGAUAAAGCUAUUUUUAAUGAAAGCCAAGCAACUGUCGCAUGUGAUGUUAGAAUGUCAAUACCAAUGUCCCAAAAAAAGUUAAAUUUUAAAACCAAAUUGGCGCCUCUUCGAAGAUCCGCCUCGACGACUAGUCUAGGACUCCUAUUCAACAGACAUUUAAAUUUACGUGACACCAAAUCGUACACAGGAGGAAUGGAUGAUACGAAAAGUCUCAGUUCAGACGAGAAUGAGGUGAUAGAUCGCAACACAGAGCUGAUAACUAAAACCAACGCGUAUUUGGACUUGAAAGACAAUAUCGAAACGCGGGAUAAGAGCACCAACGAAAUCGUGGUAGUGAAAGCGGAAAUCCUCCAGCAGGGCGGUCGAACGUACUCACUCAACGACCUGGCUUACUUCUGGAAGAAGGACUGCAGAAUAUGGAUGUGGAAGAAUAGUCCCGAAUUGAAAAACAACAAAUCCGUCGGCGAUAAAAUAAAAACAGGGUUAAUUAAGAUAAGAGAUAUUUAA